UCAGCUGGCUAGGCAUUACCGCCUGGAGAAGGUCGAGUUCGCAGCUUGAGGUCUGGCGUGCUCCAGAGACGUGCUCAGCCUUCGUGCCCAGCAGUCCCGUGCCAGGACAGCGCCCAGCAUUGCAUCCAGUUUCUUCAGAGAACAAAUUGAACCUUCAGUUUUCCCUCUGAGAAAGUCUUAUGAUUACACACUAACUCAGUAAUGGUUUAUUGUGCACCAACUGUAUUCUCAAUUCCAGGACUUCUAACACCAUAAGCAUUGAAAAGACACUUUAAUUUAAAGGCAUAAUCUUGUUUCUGAAUUCUAUUACUUCAUUCUGAAUCACCAUCUGAGUCUCAUUUAGGGAGUGAAUACCUGCUCCCAGCAUUACCUCUGGAAGAGGAUCUGGUUUAGGGCCCUGCCUUUGUUGAGAGAAUAGUUUCCACAGGAACUAAAAUGGACCUUGGCGGUCAUCACAAGGACAACUUUGUACAACUUUGUAAUCCAAAUGUGGCAACAUUGAAAGAAGAUGUUCUCUACCAUUUUGGUCUCAGUACUGGUACCCAUGACCUCUCAGCAAUGUUUGGAGAUGUGAAGUUUGUGUGUGUUGGGGGAACCCCCUCCCGGAUGCAAAGCUUCAUCAGAUACUUGGCAUCGGAGCUGGGCUUUGACCAACCAGGUGCAGACUACCCCAACAUCUGUGAGGGGACUGACCGCUAUUCCAUGUUUAAAGCAGGACCAGUGCUGUCUGUCAGUCAUGGAAUGGGAAUUCCUUCCAUCGCCAUCAUGUUGCAUGAGCUCAUCAAGCUGCUGUACCAUGCUAGGUGCUCUGGAGUCACCAUCAUCCGUAUUGGCACCUCUGGAGGGAUAGGUCUAGACCCUGGCUCUGUGGUCAUCACUCAGCAGGCUGUGGAUGCCUGCUUCAAGCCAGAGUUUGAACAGAUAGUCCUGGGGAAACGGAUAGUUCGGAGCACCAGCUUAGAUGAGCAGCUUGUGAGGGAGCUAGUUGAGUGCUCUGCCUUUCUUAAUGAAUUCCCCGUCAUUGUGGGGAACACCAUGUGCACGCUGGACUUCUAUGAAGGGCAAGGUCGUCUGGAUGGUGCUCUCUGCUGCUACACAGAGAAGGACAAACAGGAGUAUUUGCAGGCAGCCUAUAGCGCUGGGGUCAGAAACAUUGAGAUGGAAUCCUCAGUCUUUGCUGCGAUGUGCAGAGCAUGUGGCCUCCGAGCGGCUGUGGUAUGUGUCACCCUCCUGGAUCGCCUCAAAGGGGACCAGAUCAGCAGCCCUCAUGAGAUAUUGCUUGAGUAUCAGCAGCGGCCUCAGCGUCUGGUGGGCUACUUCAUCAAGAAAAGUCUUGGCAUGCCCUAAAGCCUCCCAUCUGGAAAAGAGGAGUUGACUGGAAUAAAACUAUCGUCAAAGCCCCAUUUUAUGUUUGUUUUAUAAGAAAUUAGGGUAUAGGAUUGUUUUUGUUGGAGCCAAAUUAUGCUUCCUUAAUUUCCAAGGACAUUUCUAUUUGUUCAACCUCAUUGGAGACUUUUUCAACUAUACUUAGCCCUGCUUGGGUUCUAUUUAAAAUAUAUUUAUGAAUUUGGAAUAUUUAUACAUGUAUUUAACAUGGGAAGUUAACCUUUAUAGGAGAUUCCAUUAAUGAUAUUUAUCUGCUCCCAAAUCCUGAAACCAUGGAAAGGAAAUUCAGUCUGGCCUGCAGCAACCCCUGCUGUUCAUGAGAGGGAAAAACAUACUUCUUCCCUGUACUUCUGCCUUCAUCUGUCAGCAGUAGUCAUUUCCUGACCCGCGACAGGUGGAAUAUCAGUCCAGAUGAUGGCAUCCAUAGAGGGUCAGACCAAGGAUGGCAUGCAGUAAAUCCUAGUUAAACGGAUGAGAUAAAAAUAAAAAUUUUAUUUCUGCUAUGAGAAUUGACACACAGAUUGAGUUAGUUUGUUUUGUUUAUUUUUGUACUACACUAGGAGGUGCUCAGGGAUUACUCCUAGGGCUACACUCAGUGAUCACCCCUGGAAGUUCUUGGGUCAUGGGGUUCCGGACUCGAACAUGGAUAGGCUUGUGUAAAGCAGACACCCUAACAGCUAUACUAUCUCUCUGGCCCCCCACAGACUUAGUUUUCUACCCUAGCUAUCUCCAGUGCUGACAUUGCCAACAUCCCCCAAAACAUGUUACCUGGAUUCUUCAAUAUUCUCCAAAGACUUGUUCCUUUCCCUCAUCCUACAUUCCACCUGGUCCCAUGACAUGACCACUAGUUCAGGUAGGCAUCAUGGACUGCUUCCCCUGAAUUUUACUCCAUGAAUUCCUUUACCUUGGCUGUGACAAUAAUCUCUCUGAGCAGGAUCAAAAUGACAUAGAAUUCCAGAGCUUUCAGUAAGUGAGAAAGAGUGAGAGAGAGAGAGAGUUAGAAACAUAAUUGGUUCUAUUCUGCAGAAAUUGGACAUGCCAAAUUUUGAGAAAAGAUUUCAUUCAUGGUAAAACUGAGCCUUUAAUGAAAAAAUAAAUAAAACCUGCUACAAAAUAUUAUGCAUCAGGAAUAAUUUAAAAAAUGUGAGCUAUUAAUAAUGAUUUGUGUUUUUCAAGCAUUCACUAUGUAUUAGCACCUAAUUUAAAAUGUAAUGGGUUCUUCUGCCUAAAUCUCACCACAAUACCAGGUGAGAAUUAUGAGGUAUAGGAUGCCUGAAGGAUUGAUUCAGGAAAUGAAUGAUGGCAUAAGCUGGGACAAAGUGGCCUGUGCUUUGCAUAAGAGUGUAUGUCUACACCCAUCGUGCACAGUUGCCUAUCUAUGCACACAGGCAGAAAGAUAGAGGUUUGUUUAGUAGGCUAGGAGUAAUAUUCAGCUUAUCAGAUGGUCCGAAAGGGAAAUUUUGGUAGGAAGUCCAGUGUGUGUGGGUGUUUCUGACACAGUCACUCUUCAUGGGGAACAGGCCCUCAUUCUAUGUAUUCUAAAGAUAGAGGCUUGUUAAAAAAGGGUAUGGAAAAUACCAACUGAUAGCAAACAUUGGAGACUGGGGUAUAGACCUGAUAUUUCUAGGAGUAAGUGGUGAGGGGAAUGAAUAGGAUGCCAGGAAGUAAUAUGGGGAAAAAGCAGAAGACUACAAGCAUCUAGGAUGGGCUAAAAGAGGUAAUGCUUUAUACACAAACCAUAGCUUUUAUUAAAUAAUGGGGAAAGGUAGCAAGGGCAACCAGCAUGGCUGGGGAGGAGGGUCAUGGGCACUUCAGUGGUGGGGGGUGAGCAGGAUCUUUGUGCAUCAACACCAGAAAGUUAACCAUUAUUGUAACCUUGUC